CUGGGCGUGUCUAUUUGCAUUCGCGGGCGGUCCUGUCCCAGCUGGGCUGGCCGGCGGGUUGUGACUGCUCAGCGGUCCGGACGCGGAGGGGAGGAAGUGUCUAAUGGACGAGGUUGCUUUAUUUCUGGGCAGAAGGGGUGAGGGCGCCGGAGGUGAGGAUUCUGGGCCGUCCGCGACCCGCGAGGACUUGAAGUAGCCGCGGCGGCGUCCGGAGCGGCACCGCGCUCCCGCCGGGCGAGCAGCUGCCGCGGGAGGAAAGGAGCGGCAGCCUGCGUGGCCCUCCUUCCUUUGUGUCUGGGUUGAAACCUUCCCCUCUGCGCCCCGGGACUGCGUGGGCUGUUUGCUGGGGUGACGCCUCCGGCUCCGCCAGUCGGAGGUCCCCGGGGGUCUUCAGGUGCCCCCGGCUGCGGAGGCCCAGGUGAGGCCCCCGUGAGGCCAGAGCUGCCCCAGGGCUGUGCCCCGAGCCCUUAAUUGCCUUUCGGAAGCGCAGUUGCCUCUCCUCACCCCCAGCUUGAUUUCCCAGCCUAUCCCUGCAGGGCUGCUUUGCCCGGUGAAGACCCUGUUACGAAGGUUUGGCUCAUGGUUGACAGCUCAGAGAAAGAAAAAUUUGAGGAAGGAUGGAUGCAAAAGCUCGAAAUUGUUUGCUUCAACAUAGAGAAGCCCUGGAAAGGGACAUCAAAACAUCCUACAUCAUGGAUCACAUGAUUAGUAAUGGCGUUUUAACACUUUCAGAGGAGGAAAAAGUGAAAAAUGAGCCUACUCAAUGCCAACGAGCAGCUCUACUAAUUAAAAUGAUACUUAAAAAAGAUAAUUAUGCCUACAUAUCAUUCUACAAUGCUCUGCUACAUGAAGGGUAUAAAGAUCUUGCUGCCCUUCUCCACGGUGGCCUUCCUGUCGUCUCUUCUUCCAACAGCAAAGAUUCAGUUGCUGGAAUAACUUCCUAUGUAAGGACAGUCCUGUGUGAAGGGGGAGUGCCACAGAGGCCCGUCGUCUUUGUUACGAGGAAGAAGCUCGUGAAUGCAGUUCAGCAGAAGCUCUUCAAACUGAAUGGUGAACCGGGAUGGGUCGCCAUAUAUGGAAUGGCGGGUUGUGGGAAGUCUGUAUUAGCUGCAGAGGCUGUUCGAGAUCAUUCUCUCUUAGAAGUUUGUUUCCCAGGGGGUGUGCAUUGGGUUUCAAUAGGGAAACAAGACAAAUCUGGGCUUCUGAUGAAACUGCAGAAUCUUUGUGCACGGUUGGAUCAGGAUGAGAGUUUCUCCCAGAGGCUUCCACUUAAUAUUGAAGAGGCUAAAGACCGUCUCCGAAUUCUGAUGCUGCGCAAACACCCAAGGUCUCUGUUGAUCUUGGAUGAUGUUUGGGAUCCUUGGGUAUUAAAAGCUUUUGACAAUCAGUGUCAGAUUCUUCUUACAACUAGAGACAAGAGUGUUACAGAUUCAGUAAUGGGUCCUAAAUAUGUAAUACCUGUGGAGAGUGGCUUAGGAAAAGAAAAAGGACUUGAAAUUUUAUCCCUUUUUGUUAAUAUGAAGAAAGCAGAUUUGCCAGAACAAGCUCACAGUAUUAUAAAAGAAUGUAAAGGUUCUCCUCUUGUCGUGUCUUUAAUUGGUGCACUUUUACGUGAUUUUCCCAACCGCUGGGAUUACUACCUCAGGCAACUUCAGAAUAAGCAAUUUAAGAGGAUAAGGAAAUCUUCAUCUUAUGAUUAUGAAGCUCUGGAUGAAGCCAUGUCGAUAAGUGUUGAAAUGCUCCGAGAAGACAUCAAAGAUUAUUACACAGAUCUUUCCAUCCUUCAGAAAGAUGUUAAGGUGCCUACAAAGGUGUUAUGUAUUCUCUGGGACAUGGAAACCGAAGAAGUCGAAGACAUACUGCAGGAGUUUGUUAAUAAGUCUCUCUUAUUCUGUGAUCGGAAUGGAAAGUCAUUUCUUUAUUAUUUACAUGACCUUCAAGUAGAUUUCCUUACAGAGAAGAAUCGCAGCCAGCUUCAGGAUCUACACAAGAAGAUGAUCACUCAGUUCCAGAGACAUCACCGGCGACACACUCUUUCACCAGAUCAGGAGGACUGCAUGUAUUGGUACAAUUUUCUGGCUUAUCACAUGGCCAAUGCUAAUAUGCACAAAGAACUGUGUGCUUUAAUGUUCUCCCUGGAUUGGAUUAAAGCAAAAACGGAACUUGUAGGCCCUGCUCAUCUGAUUCAUGAGUUUGUGGAAUAUAGGCAUAUUUUGGAUGAAAAGGAUGGCACAGUCUGUGAGAAUUUCCAGGAGUUUUUAUCUUUAAAUGGACAUCUUCUUGGACGACAGCCGUUUCCUAAUAUUGUGCAACUGGGCCUCUGUGAACUGGAAACUUCAGAAGUGUAUCGGCAAGCUAAGCUGCAGGCCAAGCAGGAGGUCGAUAACGGAAUGCUCUACCUGGAGUGGAUAAACAAAAAAAACAUCAAGAACCUCUCCCGCUUAGUUGUCCGCCCCCAUACAGAUGCUGUUUACCAUGCUUGCUUUUCUGAGGAUGGUCAAAGAAUAGCUUCUUGUGGAGCUGAUAAAACCUUACAGGUGUUCAAAGCUGAAACAGGAGAAAAACUUCUAGAAAUCAAGGCUCACGAGGAUGAAGUGCUUUGCUGUGCAUUCUCUGCAGAUGACAGAUUUAUAGCAACCUGCUCAGUGGACAAAAAAGUGAAGAUUUGGAAUUCUGUGACCGGGGAACUGGUACAAAGCUAUGAUGAGCACUCAGAGCAAGUCAACUGCUGCCACUUCACCAACAACAGUAAUCACCUUCUCUUAGCCACUGGCUCAAGUGACUACUUCCUCAAACUCUGGGAUCUGAAUCAAAAAGAAUGUCGAAAUACCAUGUUUGGUCAUACAAAUUCAGUCAGUCACUGCCGAUUUUCACCAGAUGAUAAGCUUUUGGCUAGUUGUUCAGCUGAUGGAACAUUAAAGCUUUGGGAUGUGAAGUCAGCAAAUGAGAGGAAAAGCAUUAAUGUGAAGCAGUUCUUCCUAAAUUCAGAGGAGUCUCAAGAGGAUAUGGAAGUGAUGGUGAAAUGCUGUUCGUGGUCAGCUGACGGUGCCAGCCUAGUGGUGGCAGCAAAAAAUAAAGUCCUGCUUUUUAACAUUCAUACAGGUGGCCUGUUGGCAGAAAUCCACACAGGCCAUCACAGCACCAUCCAGUACUGUGACUUCUCCCCCAGUAACCAUUUGGCAGUGGUGGCUUUGUCCCAGUACUGUGUGGAGUUGUGGAAUAUGGAUUCAUGUUUAAAAGUAGCUGAUUGCAGAGGACAUUUAAGUUGGGUUCAUUGUGCAAUGUUUUCUCCUGAUGGAUCAUCGUUUUUGACAUCUUCUGAUGACGAGACAAUCAGGCUCUGGGAGACAAAGAAAGUAUGUAAGAACUCUGCCAUAGUGUUAAAACAAGAAAUAGAUGUUGUGUUUCAAGAGAAUGAAGUGAUGGUUCUUGCAGUUGACAACAUAAGACGUCUGCAAGUCAUUAAUGGAAAAACAGGUCAGAUUGAUUAUCUGACGGAAGCCCAAGUGAGUUGCUGUUGCUUAAGUCCACAUCUUCAGUACCUUGCGUUUGGAAGCGAUGAUGGAGCCAUUCAGGUUUUAGAACUCCUAAACAACAGACUCUUCCAGUCCGGGACUAGGCACAAGAACACUGUACGGCAUAUCCAGUUCACUACUGAUGGAAAGAAUGUUAUCUCAAGCUCUGAUGAUUCUGCAAUUCAGGUGUGGAAUUGGCAGUCAGAGGAGACUGUCUCUCUGCAAGCCCAUCGGGAAACAGUGAAAGACUUUAGACUCUUGAAAAAUUCGAGACUGCUUUCCUGGUCAUUUGAUGGAACAGUAAAGGUAUGGAAUAUUAUAACUGGAAGAAUAGAAAAGGACUUUGUCUGUCACCAGGAUACAGUACUUUCUUGUGCUAUUUCUCCUGACGCUACCAAAUUUUCUUCUACCUCUGCUGACAAAACUGCAAAGGUUUGGAGUUUUGACCUCCUUUCCCCUCUUCAUGAAUUGAGAGGCCACAAAGGCUGUGUGCGCUGCUCUGCCUUCUCCGUGGACAGUACCCUGUUGGCGACUGGAGAUGACAACGGAGAAAUCAGGAUAUGGAAUGUCUCAAACGGUGAGCUUCUUCAUUCGUGUGCUCCAGUCUCAGUAGAAGGAGGAGCUGCUACCCACGGAGGCUGGGUGACCGACCUUCGCUUUUCUCCAGAUGGCAAAAUGCUUGUUUCUGCUGGAGGAUAUCUUAAGUGGUGGAAUGUUGACUCUGGGAAAUCCAUACAGACGUUCUACACAAAUGGAACCAAUCUUAAGAAAAUACAUGUGUCCCCUGACUUCAAAACAUAUGUGACUGUGGAUAAUCUUGGUAUUCUGUAUGUUUUAAAGAUUUUAGAGUAAAAUAGUUGAGCAGUGAUGCAAGUUGAACUCUUAAUUUUGAAUUGGAAAAAAAAAUCGUAAUGAAACUCUGUAUUUCAACUUUUUUUUUUAUAAAGCUGUGAAUUGUUUUGCAGUAUUGCAUUCAUUACAAAAGUAUUUGUGGUUGGAUGAAUAAUAUUAAUGUAGCUUUUCCCAAAUGAACACACUUUUAAUCUUGUUUUUCAUAAUCAUCAUCAUUAUUUUUAACAGUUUGUCCUGAAGAUGCAAAUGGAAAUGUAAAUAUGUACCUCAUUAUACUGUUGGUAAAAUUCUCCCUUGAUGCACUCAAAUUGGUUGACAUAAUUAAUAAGAAUAAUUUGAAGGAAAUGUGUAUUUUAAUAUUAUCAUUAUGCAGGCUGUGCUGUAGGGUAGUGGCUUGGCUUUAUGAACCACACUUAUCCCAAGAGGGUAUAGUUCCCCCAAAUAUCAUCUCAGACCUUAUUUGUACCCCUGUAAUUUGCUUGGAAAAUAUUGUGUCUGUGUGCACAAUUUAAAAAAUGUCCUUUAAUGUACUUGAUAAGUGAGUCUUAGAUUCCAAAAGAUCUUUCUGUGAGUCAAAAUUUAUGCACGUUGGAGAGAGUAGAUUUUGUUGGUCUACCCUUUCUCAUCCCCUGAUGGCAGCCCGGGCUGGACCUGGACUCGAGCUGUCAGUCUUUAAGUUGGUCCCUGUCCUGCUCUCUGCUUUUUUAUAUACCAGACUUGGUAUACUUGACUGACCUUGACCUUUCUUAGUCCUCACUUUAGUACUUGCUCCACAGCUAACUGUUAGUAAAUCAGAGUAAUCAGGGAAGAGCCAAUUUUAAUCAUAAGUUGAAACAACAGAAUUUUUCUAAGAUAGGAAAAUAGUAAAAAAUAAUUUUUGUCUAAUUCCAUUUACUUGUAGAUGAAUAGCAUUGCUAAUGCUGUUAGUGAAUUUCAAGAGAAUUCUCUUUGGUUUUCUGAGCAAUGCUGGAAGAGUCAUGUGACUCUGGAAGAUGUCACCUUUAACCUUCCAGCCUGUCACUUUCUAUCCCCUUCUCUCCCUCUGCAUUUCCUUCCUUUCCCUCCCUCCUUCAUUCUAAGCUUCAUCAGGAAAAAUAAUUUUUGAUAAGGAAGAGGCGUAUCAAUAUCAGUAACUAGCUUUUUUUACCUCCUGGUUAGGUACUUACAUUGCAGCUUAACUCUAAACAUUUCCCCUGAAGUAUACUGUUAAGGGAAAUGUGAUAAAUAUAAAAUUAAUAAAAUUAUUUAUAUAAGAGACAACCAAAAUUCAGAAGUUUUUGCUGCUGCAAGAGCGAAGUCAGAUUAGUGUUACUAGUAGGUGAGCAUUGAGCUAGUUUCUGUUGUUGAUACAUGUGAGUAGAUGUGAGGUGGGUACGGGGAUAGACCACUCCAGAUGUGCUUUCAGAUGUUCCUCUUUAGUAUCUGAGGGAACCUUAAGAGUGAAUAAAGUCUUUCACGUUGUUAAGGAGGCUUGUUUUUUGUUUUGUCGCAUAGUGGGUUGAGGAGCUCAUUUAUAGGUUCACUGUGACUUAAGCAAAUGUGAUGUAAAAAAUCUUACUUUUAUAAAAGAAUUUCUAUAAAUAGUAUGUUCUACUUAGAGUACUCAAAUCAUAAUUUGAUUUGUUUACAAUGUUUAGGAACUCAUAGCUCAGAGUAUAAAGUAUUAACUUUUAGAAUUAAAAGUCACUUGACUGUAAAAGUAUGACAACAAACAUCAGCUUUUAAAAAGCCUUGAUUGGCCCUUUUAUCUUACCAAUAAAUUAAAAAGAAAAAAUGAGAAGAGAGACUGGGUAACAUGAGGAAAGAAGAGAAGCCUUUCAUGGCAGUGUAAGUGGCCAGUCAAGGGGGACGGUUUUGUUUUGUUCUUUGGGGUGAGUGUUUUUCAAGGCUUUCCCCCUGCUUUAUAUUUUAAUUUUUUUUUUGUAUUGAACAUACACUGCAUUUUGUGUGUAUAAAGGUUUUUUUGUUUUUUGUAUUGGAUAUGUGUUAUGAUGUUUUGGAAACAGUUUUGUAUUUAUGAUACAACUUACAUUUUUUUUUUUGCCUUGGUAUACACUUAAA